AUGGUUAACUCAUAUUUAAGGCUUCUCUUCUUUCUCUUCCAGUUGUCAGUCGAAAUAGCAUCAGGUUCUUCCAUUUCUCAACCCCGAAAACCCCUGAAAUCGCGUCUCCGAGACGGAGAGAAGCUUUACGGUCUAUUCCUUCUCUCUUUCUCACCGGAGUUGGCGGAGAUAGCUGCACUUUCCGGGUACGACUUCAUCAUCGUCGAUCUCGAGCACGGCGCCGGCGGGAUCCCGGAGGCGCUCAACUGCAUUCGUGCAAUAGAAGCCGGCGGUUCCUCAGCCGUCCUCCGCGUCCCUGACAUUAGUCAGGCCUGGACGAAGAAGGCGUUAGAUCUGGGACCGGAGGGAAUUAUGUUUCCGAUGGUUGAAACCGGAAAAUCUGCCUCCGAGGCGGUCUCGUUUUGCCGGUAUCGUCCCGGCGGUGUCCGCGGAUGUGCUUACUCCAUCGUCAGAGACUCCAAAUUCGGCUUCGAUGAUGCUUAUCUUGCUAAUUACGCAGAUAAGCUUCUCGUCAUGUGUCAGAUAGAAUCUGAGGAAGGUGUGAGGAAUGUUAACGAGAUCGCAGCCGUUGAUGGGGUGGAUUGUGUGAUGAUGGGUCCUAGGGAUUUGAGCGCGAGUUUGGGGCUUCUUCACGACCCAGGAAACCCGAAGGUGAAGUCGGCCAUGAGGACGGCGGAGACGGCGGUGCUUGCUUCGGAUCCGGAAAAGGGGGGAACUUACUUGGCUGGGAUGGCCACGGCUCAGGAUAAGGCGGUGGAUCUCCGAGGACGUGGAUAUCACGUUGUGCUUGGAUCAGCUGACUUGUCCCUCUUCAAGAAGGCGGCCGUUGAUGAUGUCAACGGUUUUAAGAUGCUUUAA